AUGACCGGAAACCUAAACAAUUUUUCUCCUGUACUCCUCUCCUUCCCUAUAAAGUACAAUUUUCGGAUUAAAAUUUCACUUUUGCAGCAAAAAGUGUUGCCAUUGCAGAUGAAUUUAUCUCAAAAAUCUUCGUCAUUCGAAGACUUUGCCGGACAGGUUGUGAUUUAUACUGAAAUUGGAAAUGCCCGAUGUGCUAAAGGAAGAGACCUUCUUCGUCGAGAGGGUGUUCCAUACACAGAUGUUUCGCUCGAUUCAUUCCCUCAGCAUACACAAGAAGUAUUCGAUAGAACAGGCACCGAAGUUUUGCCACAAAUUUUUUUCAACAAUAUUUAUAUUGGAAACGAAGCAGAUCUGGAGCGUGUGAUCGGAGAGAAAAACAAGUGGGAGAGCCUAAUCGAACACGUCCGUCGUGAGAAGUGCACUAACGGACCGAUUGUUCCCCAUCCGAUGAAUGCAAUUGGUUUCGAAGAAUACGACAACGAGAACAACAACAAAUGUUGUGAGGAGGUUCUGUGGGUUCCCGAUGAGUACAGCAAACUGGUUCGGGACAUGAAGAACGCGCAACUCAUCAAAAAUAAUCGCGUCAGUGAUCUAGAGAGAGGAAAAGGAAACUUCGUUUCCAAAACGGUCAAACUAAAGGUGUACCGAAGCUCGUUCAAAGGCGAGCAACUUAUUGAGUGGCUGAUGCGGCAAAAAGGAAUCCGAAGGAGCGAAGCGCUCGAAGUUGGUCAGGAAUUGAUCGAUAGGCACGUGGGAAGGCAAACUUCGAAGGAGGCCGGGAUGACGUUCAGUCCGGACAGGUAUUAUCAACUGGUUGAAGACGACGAAAACAAGCCACUGAAUGCAGUACAAAAUGGUGAAGACGAGGAAGAGAAGAAACCGAGAAUCCCAGUGGCAAAGUGCAAUGAAAAGUUCACUAGACUGCUUAAACCUGUAUAUUCAGAUAUUCUCACAGAUCAUAAUCAGUCCAUAAUCUAUGGAGGAUUAUCUUCCAAUGAUAACUUCACUCGAUAUAUACAGUUCGCACGAGAACUGAAUCAAGUAACAUUCGAUGAUUCUACUCCCGAUGACCGUCUCACAUUUUUCAUCAAUGUCUACAACAUGAUGUUGAUUCAUAUUACACUGAAACACGGCCCGCCAAUUGGAAUUUGGCAGAGGAGAAAGUUAGUCAAUGCUACGUAUUACUUGAUUGGAGGUCAUCGAUAUGCACUUCAUUCCAUCAUUAAUGGAAUUCUUCGAGCAAACAAGAAAGGACCAGGAAUGCUUUGGAAAGCAUUUGGAAAACAAGAUGAGCGUCUACCGAUUUCUCUGUCAGUUUGUGAUCCGUUGAUCUACUUUGCUUUGUGUUCGGGAUCCAAGACAACUCCACCUCUCAGAGUUUACCAUUCAAACACAAUUCAUCAAGAAAUGCGUGAGAAUGCCCGGACAGCUCUUCUAAAAGGAGACAAAUUCCUUCGAGUGGACAUGAAGAAGAAUGUGAUUCAUUUGGGCAAAACAUUCAAAUGGUUUUCAGACGAUUUCGGAGGAACUAUUGAAAAAACACUUCAAUGGAUUUUGGAUGUUAUUGAUACAGACGUCAGUGAUAAAAAAAACAAUUUACAAAAACUCUUCUUCACUGGUGAAUAUUCUGUGGAGUACAUUCCAUAUGAUUGGUCCACAAAUGGACGGAUGGAUGAGAAGGAAAAGGAAGAGAUGACAAAGAAUGAGUGA